AUGUCCAACAGCGACCACUGGCGCUUGUUUUCGAGCCUAAAGGGCGUGGCACCAGACAGCGCUAGGGGGCCAUUCCUACAGCGGUCGCGCACAUCCGCAUUGGCGCAUAAGAACGACCAGGAUGGUGCUACUAAUCCACCUCUAAGCAACAGGAGAGCGCAAUCUCCAGGCGGAAAGGAAACCAUCCGAUCGACGACCACUUCACAGCGACGCGACGACCGCCGACCGACGCACCACUCAACGUCUGCGAGGUCUGUCUACAACGAGAACUCGCGCGUUUCCUGGAUUGAGAGACUUGUCGACACAUCCUCUGCCACGCCGGCGGGCGAAUCGCGUUGCGCCAUGGCGAAUUAG